UGAGUAGCUUUUGUUUAGCCAUAGAUAGUUCAGCGUACGUACAGUACAGUGUACCUACAGUACGUACAGUACCGUCCUGUACAGAUGGCAACAGAUACAGAAACAGGAAGAGACCCUAAAUGGGAGUCGCAGCUGAAGCCAAUAACACUAUGGGUAGCCGAGCAGCUAAGUCCACGUCAGAACUUUCUACCGUCUCGACUUUUUAGUGCCAACCUCAUUAGUGAGAACGAAGAGCAACGUUUAAUCAAGUCAAAUAAGACAGAAACGGAGCUGGCUUUGGAUAUUCUAACUUUGCUUCGUAGGCAAUGUUCUGGAUCAUUUGAUAAAUUUUGUCAAGUCUUACUGGAAACUAAAGAUCACACAUUACGUGGAGUAGAGCAACGUCUUCGUCCUGGUCGACCUUACGGCAAAGACAGCGUUGACGGUCAGCAUUUAGCAGAACCAGACAGAUCUGUGGUGGCAGCGUGUCAGCAAUCGCGUCAAGAAAGUCGUUUACGUGGGUGUGGUUUCAGUGUGAGCGAGCCUCCACAGAAACUGGAGAGAGAUUCUGUUCAGUUUAUGGUGAAUGAGGAGUUGUUUGAAACGGUUAAUGAGAAAUCUAAACUUGGAGAUGCAUUAAUAGUGGCUUUGUCUCAUGGAUUUGGCAUUCCAAAGGAUAGAAUCACAUUCCAUUGUGUGCAUCUACAACUCACCUACUCGGAGGGCAAAAGGAUUCAUGUUGCUGAGAAGGCUUUGAUGACUAUUCUUGUCAAUGGUGUUGAGGAACCAGAUAUUAGAAAACAGGCUAACAUGAUAUUAAAUGUUAUUUCUGGAACUACUAAAGUCAAGGAUUCAGAAGUAGAGAUUGUGCAAAUUGUGCCUAAAAGGAGUUGUCUUUUGGUCAUUCGGCUACCUGGAUUGGCAAUGUUGCGCCUCAUCAUUGCCUUUUUCAGCCUCCAGAGUAGACCAGUGUUUCUUCAACAGCUUACUGCAGUUUUGCCAGAAUCAGCCUUCGAGGUCAGAUUUGGGUUUGGCUCACUUCCAUAUUGCUGGGCUGUAUUACCAUCACGACAUCGAACACAAGAUUCUGGAGACAACACCCAUCAGGUCGGUAGACCUCAACAAUCAGCUGUGCAGAAUGAGCAGCAUGAUUUGACCGUUUCUGUCUCACGUGACAGUCGAUCAUCACAGAUCCUCAGAAGAGAUCCGGACGAUGAUUUAGUGGGGCAACUGAUUAGCCAAGUUGAGCAGUUGAAACUCGAGAAAGAGGCAAGCGGGGAGCAACAGAGAAGGAUGAGAGAUGAACGAGACGUUGCAACCAGGAGAGCAACCGAACUAGAACAAGAAGUUAGGUCUUUGCGAGAAGAAAUUGCGUCUUCUCUUGAAGAGAAGAACAACGAGAUAGAUAGUCUACAGCAGAGAGUUGAUACUGAACGGCAAUCGAAGGAGACGUUGAUGAGGGAGAAGGAACGUGUUCAAAGUGAAUUGUCUGAGAAAGAUAGAGAAGUGAGACACUUGAGUAAACAGAAGAAUGAUCUUGAAGUAUUGUUGAGUGCUGAGGCAUCAGUCAAUGCAUCACUGAAUUUAGAAGUGUCUGCUGCAAGGGCUCAUAUCAAUGAACAGCAAAAAGAGGUAGAUCAUCUCAAUUAUGAAAUCGAAAAUCUCCGAUAUCAGCUGAAUGAAGAGAGAAGAAACAGAAGAGCCGUUGAAGAGCAGUUGACGGUUCAAAAUAUUCAGAAUCAACAAGGAAGGGAGCGAGUUCUAACUAUCCCAUUGAGUGACGUUCAGUUGAGUGACCAGACUUUCGAAAUUGGAUGCUACGGAGUUGUUCGUAUUGGGUGGUGGCGAAGCUGUCCUGUGGCUGUCAAAAUGCUUCACAAAGUUUUCGUCGACGUUCCUCACUAUAUCCAUCUUCUGCAGCAAGAAGUGUCGGUUGCAUGGGCAAUACAUCAUCCGAAUAUUGUCGCUAUCUGGGGAGUUACUCUUCAAUUGGAAGGGAAGAAGAAAGAAGCGUGGGUUAUCAUGGAACUACUGCAGGGUUCGAUGUCAGCUGUGAUGAAUGCAUGCAAAGAUGACAUUCGACCACUGACGUUGCGUGAAAAGGUGGACAUGGCAAUAGAUGCUUGUCGAGGACUAGAGUACAUUCACUCGUUGCCUGUCGCCAUCCUUCACGGUAACAUCCGUCCAUCCCGCGUGUUGGUGACCGAGAUGAUGACGGCCAAGCUCGGAGACUUGGGAGGGGCUCACUUCGUCGACGCCAAACUCACUGCAGGCCCCACGAGCGCAGAAUACGCGCCACCCGAACAAAUAAGUGACCGCUUAAAGCUCGAAACCAAGGAGGCGGAUGUUUACUGUAUGGGUCUAAGUCUCUGUGAGUUGUUUACCGGUGAGCCUCCCGGUCAGUGUAAGCGCCGACUCGAACAGAUCAGGCGUAUUGACGAAGACACCGUCCGCACUUUGUGUGCCGAAAUGGUGAAAGAAGAUCCUAGCAAGAGAGAAUCCGCCACGUACGCUCGUUCUGCUCUCUGUCGUAUUCGCGAGACCGUCAAGUACAAAGAAUGCCGUACCAAGAGAAUGGUGAAAGGAAAAGCAGAGGGCGUGGUUACACUCACUGACACUACGUGGUGAAGAACGAACUUUAAUAAGGAUUUGCAUUGUAUUGCUUAAUUUUAGAGCUAAUAGUCGUAUUGUGAUUGCUAACUGUUUGUCACUGCGUUGUAGUUGCCAUGUACAUUUUAGUAAAAUUAUUUGCCGUUAAUUGUAUUGUAAGCUUGCAGGAAAAAAUUUUGUGGAUACACUGUAGUAAUGGUGAAUCAGUACGAAAUUUAUU